CAAUAUCCUCAUGUCAAAUUGUUUGUGUCAAUGUAACGUAAAAAAUAUAAGGUGAUUGAACUAAAUUUUUUUGAACUUUCCAUCGCUAUGGCAGAUCCUAGACUUCGACAAAUUAAAAUAAAGACUGGCGUUGUAAAACGCAUAGCCAAGGAAAAAGUAGUGUACGAGAAGGAGGCUGAAUUGCAGAAGAAUAGAAUACAGAAGAUAAAAGACGAAGGGCAGGACGAACAUAAUAUACGAAAGCAGGAGGAAGUCUUGCAGGAGUCCCUGAUGAUGGUUCCUGACUGUCAGCGGCGAUUGAUAAAAGCAUUUGCAGACCUCAAAAACACAUUAGAAACUGAAGAGGAUCUCAAGGAGCACGAGGAUUACGUAGCAGCUCAAAACGUAUUAAAAGAAGCUGAAAAGCAACUGCCUGAAACGAUAUCAUAA